AUGCGGAAGAAAGAUGAAGAAAGAAUGCAUUUCCUACGUGAUGCAGAGAAUGCGUGGAUUCACAUUGUGGAUAAUGAAUUCGCGCAAAAGCUUCUCCAAAGGCUGGACACGACGACUGCAACGACUGGUCUCCCUCAACCCCUGGACUUGGCAGCAGAUCUCUGCAAGCGUUGCGAUACCCUGACUUUCGACGAACAAUCAACAAUAUCUGAGGUUCAUAAGAAGCUGAAGCCUUGUAAUGUUUGCCAGAAGGAUCGCACUCGAUCACAAAAUGUCCGCAACAAGUCUAGCCUCUGUCAAGCGCCUGCACUAAGAAUAUGUACUCCUCUGAUGAGGAAUGCGAAGCCAAUCGCAGAUGUACAAAUGGGAUUUCCAGAGCUGCCUGCAUCAGACAGUCCCAUCCGAUUCAUAUUGUUCCGCGAGUGGCUCCGAGUUUGUGACUAUACUCAUGGGGCCUACGUUUGCAAUCCAAAUUCCAAUCCUUCACACCAAAGAGAGCUACCUAGUCGACUACUCGAUGUAGGAAAGGACUUAUCAGAUAGACUUUUUCUCCGAUCUACAAGUAUCAAACCGUCCGAAAAGAUCCUACCAACUGAUAAUUCCAGUGGGAAUAGCUACUUGCGCGCAUUCGCCGACUCUGAUCCACCAGAAGACAAAUUUACAUAUAUUGCAUUAUCCCAUUGCUGGGGCAAGCUAUCGGAAGACCGUAAACACGAGUUUUGUCUCUCAGCUGACAAUCUCAACGAGAGACAAACUAACGGAUUUCACCUCUCCGAUUUACCUCUUACGUUUCGCGACGCUAUCACAGUGGCCCGUUCAUUGGAAAUACGUUACUUGUGGAUCGAUUCGCUCUGCAUAAUUCAAUAUGGAGACGAUUUAAAAGACUGGCAUAAAGAAGCGCCAUGCAUGGAAGCAGUAUUCAGUAACGCCUAUUUCACCAUCGCCGCAACAUCCGCCGAAGACUCCGAUGCAGGCUUCCUCGCGCGACGCAAACCACCCAGACACCGCUCAAAAGCCAACGAACGGGUCUCAUCCAAAAAUCUCUCAUCGUAUGUCCCGAUGAACUCACCCACCCAUGGCCCACUAUAUAUCUGUUCGACAGUCGAUGCCUUCGACGAAGACGUUGCGAGUGGUCCGCUUAAUAAACGUGCCUGGGUCUUACAGGAACGGGCCCUAUCACGAAGAACAAUCCAUUUCACGGCGAACCAAACAUAUUUCGAGUGUGGAGAUGGAGUUCGCUGCGAAACAAUGUCAUAUAUGCGGAACUCGCGGGCACUCUUCUUAGGCGAUCCUGGAUUUCCCAAAGGUCUCGGCAUGCGCACGACGGAAUCUCGAAUCAAGCUUGUGCAGUCCCUUUUUUGCACGUACAUGCGCCUGGAUAUUACCAAUAAAACAGAUAGAGCACUUGCAAUAUCGGGCUUGGAGAAGCGACUCGCGUCUACUUUUGGGACAGCGUGUCAGUUUGGGAUUUUUGAGAAGUAUGUGUGGAGAUGCUUGCUGUGGACUCGGGCUCCAAAGUCAAGAGGGCUGAGGCAGGUCGAGUAUAUGAGUUCGCGGGCCCCACCGUCGUGGUCGUGGAUGGCGUAUGAUGGGGCAAUAGAGUAUAUUGAUGUUGAUGCGGAGAGAGUGGAAUGGUGCCAUCAGGUUAAGUUGGAUGAGGCGUUAAUCCGGGCGCGAAUUAGAAGUGUUAAUCCUGAUAGGUGCAAGGUGGAACAUACUCGGGGUAGUGGGUAUUUGAUUAAGGACCGGUACGAGCGUGAAUGGGGAUGGUUGAGGUAUGAUCGGCCUCGUCGCAUUAAAUUGCAUAAACAUAAGGUGGUUGUUAUUGGGAGAGAGGGAUAUGAGUCGCGCGAUCGGUUGCUAAGCUUGAAUAGCAGCUUGAGGUACUAUGUGUUGAUGAUUACUCCUGUGCAGUCGGAUCAGUUUAAGAGAAUUGGAGUUGGCUAUCUUCCAGCUGGCUGUAUUUCAUUCGAUACCGAGCAGCAUGGCCUUCUUGUGUAA